AUGGCAGCAACUUUUCCAAAACGAUAUAGGUCCGAGGAGAAUAUGACUAAGAGCGAGGGUGUCCUAUCAGUGGAACAGUGGAGGGCUCUUGUCGAACAGAGGCCAGAGCUGGUUAUCACUGGCUCGGGACCGUCCAGAGUGUUGGGUUUCGACAAAGUAUACACGCUAUCAAAUGGAAGCUCUGUCUACAGCAACCACAUGAAAGAAUGCGAGUUUGGGAAGAGGCUUAUUCGUCGGUCUAUCGAGGAGGAGGGCACGUCAGCGUCGCGUUCUGAGAGACGCAGGGCCGACCUUGGGGCCGCCUUGUAUCGCGACCGGAGUCGGGAGCCUGCUGCCGGCGGCCUGGCCUAUCGACGGCGGACGCGCUCCAUGCCGCGGUCACAAUGGAAUUCAGACCAGCCCUCUGAUUGGGAGAUGACUACAGCCGAGUACUCGUGUGGCCACUGGCAUGGCCAGGCCGCCGUCUGGUGCCCUACAUACACGCGGACCCACCGCCGCUGCCCGCCUCAAUUCACUCAUUACGAGUACCGCAGCUGGGAAGUCUGCUCCCACUGCAAGCCACCUACCUAUACGCUCUGGGAGCACUUGAUCAAGCGCAGGAAGCCGCCUGCCAAUAUGGUGUAA